AUGAUUUCCAGUGGAAUGAGAUGUGAGUCGGAAGAACCUCCAGUCAUUCAUUCAGGAAUCAAAGACCUCAAGGUUUUGAAAACAACCCAGUCUGGAUUCGAAGGAUUCAUCAAGGACCAAUUUACGACCCUCCCCGAAGUGAAGGACCGGUGCUUUGCUACCCAAGUGUACUGCAAGUGGCGCUAUCGUCACAGCAGAGAUGUGGAUUUUGACGCUACAUGGGACACCGUUCGGGAUACCAUCCUGGAAAAAUUUGCUGGGCCCUAUGACAAAGGCGAGUACUCCCCCUCUGUCCAGAAGACUCUCUAUGAUGUCCAGGUGCUCUCCCUGAGGCGGGCUCCUGAGAUAGAAGACAUAGAAAUCAGCCUGCCAAACAUUCACUACUUCAACAUAGACUUGUCCAAAAUGGGACUGAUCAACAAAGAAGAGGUCUUGCUGCCAUUAGACAGUCCCUAUGGCAAAAUUACUGGUACAGUCAGGAGGAAGCUGUCUUCAAAGCUGUGACAUUGCGACCACCAAGAGUAGACCAUCCUAGCCGAGAAAUUCCUUAAGUCAUUCGUGAUGUUGGAAAUUAUGCAAGUUCUCAGCCCAGUAUAUUAGUUUAUAGUGUACACUUUCCUCUUUUAUAAAAUAAUUUAUUUCUUCAUACCCAACUCAGCAAAAGGAAUCAUGUGGGUUAUCUCAUUAGUAAUUAUAAUAUGUUUUAUGAAUAUAGUUUAUUUUAAAAAUGCUGACUAUUAGAAUGAUCAUAAAUCAAUAUUUCUUUUUGGUGGUUUGUGCAUUCCUAUGUUGAAGAAGACAUGGAAUC